AUGAUUUACGCAGUAGGUCGUUGACUCAAUAGGUGUAUCUCGGGCAAGUUUGUCGUUAAUUUCAAAGAAGAUGCUUACCUUGUGGCCAAAAUUCUCACUCAUCGACAAAAUAACUAAGAUUAAUGUAUUUCGACUGAAACCACUGCAGAAGAUUACACUUGAGGCACGAGUUGUUGGAGAUGGCGGGCAAGUGUUCGAGUCACACGCUCACUUCAUCGCUACCAGACAUGGCCAGGUUGAUGUUUGUCGUGAACCAUCUGUUGGUGGAUCUUACCGCGGAGUUUCAGCAAUGGGACUCUUAUGGAGCAUGAAACCAUCACCUGGGCAGAGAAAAGGAAUUCGACUGACGAAAUCUGAUGUCACUAAACCUUACAAAGUCGUCCUGGACUGUUUCGAUGGCCAUACGGAUCCGCAGGAAUCCAGUUCUUUGCAGCCUUUGUGUAGCAAUACGUUUGAGAAGGGGUACAUGGCGGAUGGAGUGAAGAGAAUUCCUGUGAGAGAAGGAAGAAUCCGUGGAACUCUUUUUCUUCCUCCAGGUGAUGGACCUUUUCCUGGAGUCAUAGAUCUGCUUGGUGCUGCAGGUGGAUUAGUGGAAUUUAAGGCUUCACUUUUGGCAUCUCAUGGAUUUGCCACUCUUGCUUUGGCCUACUUGGGCUAUGAAGAUCAACCAUUGAUUCCAUCUUCAAUAAACUUGGAUUAUUUUGAAGAGGCUGCCAACUGGCUUAUAAGUCAUCCUAAAGUGCUUCCACAUGGUAUCGGCAUGCACGCUAUAUGCUAUGGCUCAUGGAUUGCACUGUUGAUGGCAAGCUAUCAGAUCGCACCAAUAAAGGCCGUUGUAGCUAUUUCACCUCUGGUAAUCGCCUGCCCUCUCCCUUUCCAAUUAAGAGGGAGAGUCUCAGACAUAAUACCCCUAGAUGAGAGCAAAGUGGUGUCUUCAGAAAAGGGCAGCAUCUAUCGUUUCGCCCUACCAACUGGCAUUGAUUACAUGAAUCCAACAACAGUCUCCAAAUACUCAGCUAUUACACCAGUUGAGAACAUCAAUUGCCCUGUCAUGCUGGUUUCUGGAACUGACGACUUGUACAUCCCCACCGAUUUUACAGUAAAGUUCAUUAUUGAUCGCUUGAAGGAGAAUGGAAAAGAACAUUUGUGCACAAACUUGCGUUAUCCCCAAGCGGGACAUCUCAUCGAACCACCCUACUCUCCUCUUUGUGAUUUUUCUUUCAACAAAGUUGCUAAAGAAGUGAGUGGUUACCCUUACGUAGCUUGGGGAGGGGAGACUGUUGCACAUGCCAGAGCACAAGAAGACUGCUGGCCAAAGAUUUUACAUUUUCUGCGAAAACAUCUCCAACAAGACACAGAGAGUGAGGUAUGGAAAAAAAUGACUGCAAGGGAGGAAUUUGCUCUGAAAGCUUUUUAAGAAUGACUUAUCUUGUGUGAUUGGUAAAAAAACUGUGCUAAAAUGAAUAUAUGUAAUUCAGUCAAAGAGCUUCACCCUUAAACUCACACAAGUGAUUAACAUGUAAUUUCUCACUUUGGUAUCCACACAUUGUGCAAUAAACAGGUUAUGAGAAUGCUCUGCUCUAUCAGAUAUAAUUUGUUAUUGUCAUA